GCAGCUAUGCAGCCGGUUUUCAAUCCUUUCUGCUUCGUUGUGCAGGCCUUGUUAUCAGCAUGGCCGCCCUUGCCGCCUGAUGGAUCAGUCGCUGUCGUACCAUUACCUUCCGGGAUACCGGUGCUGCCUUUUCCAAACGUUUCUUUGCCACUGAGGGAGCACACGGCAACAUUGACGGGCUUCACCAGGACAGUGUCAUCGGCAACGGCAUCAGUCACCACCACAGAUUUAAACGCACCGCCGGCAUCGUUUCCCUUUAGUGGGCACGGAGGAGCAGCAGCUAUGCAGCCGGUUUUCAAUCCUUUCUGCUUCGUUGUGCAGGUCAGUAAAUAUCCCUCUUUACAUGCUAAACGCUCACAUGAUGUUUGCCUGCUGCUCCUCCCAAGCCCAAUAGUUAUUUUGGAUAUUGUUAGUGAAUGUGCGCAUGUUGUCAUGUUGUUGUUGUUGGCUGGCGACGUUGAAACGAAUCCAGGGCCUGCCAAUGAUAGUGACGUUCUGGCUGCGAUUGCCACAUUGUCAGCAAAAGUCGAUGCAGGUCAUGCUGAGAUGAUGCAAAUGCUAACCGAAGUAAGACGGAAUCAAGAACAACUGGAACAAAAGGUGUCUGACAUAACAACCAGACUUUCCGCGGUCGAAUCCGUUGUUGAAUCGUUUGAUUCAUCUCGGCAUGACGAGAACCUACCUGGUAUUGUGAGCAGUGUUAUGAAUGAAACUGUAAUACUAAAUUCACGACUCGAUGAACUUGAGGAUAGAUCGCGACGUGACAAUUUGAUCUUUUACGGGCUUGUCGAUAGUCCUGCGGAAACCUGGGCGCAGUCCGAGUGCCAUGUUCGUGAGUCGCUCGCCCGUAUUUUAAAUCUUACGUUUCCUGAUGACAGAAUUUCACGCGCACACCGUCUGGGUACGCACGUCUUGGGCAAAACACGGCCAAUAAUAGUAAAAUUUGGUUCCUCAAAACUGAAGGACAACAUCCUUUCUCAGCGUUCAAAAUUUCGCGGUACAGGCAUAUCUGUGGCUGAGGACUUUUGCCGAGCUACACGUCAAUGUCGAAAGAAACUUAUUGAAUUCGGCAAGAAUAGCGGCCAACAGUACACACUUCGUCUUAACAAACUGCAUAUAAAUAGGAAAACCUACGUGUAUUGUCCCACCACUGACCAGGUUUGCGAACUUCAUUCAGGCGUGGCUCCUGUCACUAACAAUAACAACCGUUCUUCCACAGGUACUAGCAGUGCACAUGCAGCAACGUCAUAGCUUAUUACUAACCCGAAUCGUAAACAGGUCUCUGUCUUCUAUUCUAACGUGCGCAGCGUAGGUAACAAACGCGAAUCUUUGUCCUCUCUAAUAGACACGUGUUCAGCCGACAUAGUCAUUCUUACAGAAACGUGGCUCUCAAAUCAGAUAGCUAAUCACGAAAUUUUUGAAUGUGAAAGUAACUAUAAGUUCUUUCGUCGAGACCGCGAGCAGCGGACAGGCGGCGGAGUGCUUAUAGCCGUCCGUGAUACCAUAUCUUGCCGCGAGAUAACUAUUUCUACUGAUUUGGAAUUUGUAUGCGCUCGAAUAACCAUCGAUCACAAAGACUUCAUCUUUAGUGCCUGCUACCGGUCACCUAGUUCAACUAACACAUUUUGCAAUGAACUUUCCGACAUUUUAAGCAACUUGACACAACAGUUUUCUUCAUGCCCUUUAUUCUUAGUGGGCGAUUUUAACUUUCCAGGGAUUGACUGGAAAACCCAACCUACAGUUAUAAAGGGUGGAUCUGAGUGCCUUGCGUUCCUUAACCUAUGUCUUGAUUUUAACCUCACGCAACUUGUCACUAAUCCGACACGAAGUUCCAGUCAUUCCGCUACCGUUUUGGACCUCAUUUUAACCACAACCCCUAACCUCGUUCCAAGUGU